AGUAAUUUUGCUCUGUGUGUGUGUUUGUGUGUGUGUGUGAGAGAGAGAGAGAGAGAAAAGGAAGAAAAGAGGGUCGCCAAUAGUGAAGUGCUGCUGGGUUGGAAGAAGGGUACGAGGUACUUUUUUAAAAUUAUUAUUGUUCGUACACUCUGCCCGUUUCCACCUUCUGGCGAAAGGUUGAACGGUUAAAAUGGAGGCGGACAGAUCCGGUGGAGGACCAAACCCGAACUCCGGAGGCGGCAGCAGCAGCAGCAGCAGCGGAGCGGGGCGCAACCCAAACGGGCCCAAAGCAGCACCGGGCCAGGCGACAUCAGCUGCGGUGACCGGGGCGAUGGCAGCAGCAGCAGCAGCAGCGGCGGCGGCGGCGGCGGCGACCGGGGCCAUGCCCGGAUCGGCGCAGACUCGGGAGCUGCAGGACGGGGACUCUGGUAUGACGCUUCCUGGGAUCCUGCACUUCAUCCAGUACGAGUGGGGACGCUUCCAGGCCGAGAAAUACCGCUGGGAGGCUGAGAGGGACGAACUCAGGGCUCAGGUGGCGUUCCUACAGGGUGAGAGGAAAGGGCAGGAAAAUAUGAAACAGGACCUGGUGAGGCGGAUCAAAAUGCUGGAGUACGCCCUCAAACAGGAGAGGGCCAAGCACCAGAAGUUGAAGACAGGAAAUGACCAGAGUCUCGGAGAUAAGAAACCAGAGACAGAGGCAGACCAGCUUCCCAAUGGGCCGGCUGAGUCAGACUCUGAGCCAGCCAAUCAGAUGUCCUGGAAGGAGGGACGUCAGCUACUACGCAAAUAUCUUGAAGAAGUGGGUUAUUCAGACACGAUCCUGGACAUGCGGUCUAAGCGAGUGCGCUCUCUGCUCGGACGGAGCAGCCCAGAGGCUAAUGGGCCUCCGCCCAGUGAAACCUGCCCUGAGCCUGAAUCCCGGGCAGGUGGAGAGUCGUUGUUGGUCAGACAGAUAGAGGAGCAAAUCAAGAGGAACGCGGGAAAGGAAAGCUCUAAGGAACGUCUGGGUGGCUCUGUGCUCGAUAAGAUCCCCUUCCUGCAUGGCUGUGAGGAUGAUGAUGAAGAUGACAGUGACGAGGAAGAUGACUUCCAAGGCAUGGCCACUGACUGCAUUGAUGGACCGCGCAAAAACAAGAAGUCUCGCGUAAAGAUGGGUUCAGAGCCCAUGACCACCGACCUGGACCCCGAGGACGAGGAGGACGAAGACGACUCGGAAGAUGCCCUCAGUGAAUUUGACUUCCUGGGCUCGGGGGAGGAUGGGGAGGGGGCGGGAGAGGCCCGGAUCUCAGGGGAUGGACGGGAGUUAGAGAACCGCAGGAACAAGUUACAAGGCAUGAUGUCGGACUUCCCCCCUAAACCCACCCCGCCCCCUUCUGUAUCGGGACAGGCUCGCUCUGGAGAAGGUGGCGCCCUGGGUUUCUCCUCUGACGUCUUCAUUAUGGAUGCUGUUGGCGGAGGGGACAUGAACCUUGGUGAACUGGCUGAUCUCACGGUCGCCAAUGACAAUGAUCUCUCCAUGGAUAUGCAGGAUAACAGAGAGGAGUUCAAGAAGACGUGGAACCCUCGUUUCACACUACGCAGCCACUUUGAUGCCAUCCGCGCUUUGACAUUUCACCCCAGCCAAGCGGUGAUGCUCACAGCUUCUGAGGAUGGAACACUAAAACUGUGGAACCUCAACAAGGCCAUGCACUCUAAAAAGAACGCGGCGUUGGAUGUUGAGCCAAUCUACACAUUUAGAGCGCACAGUGGGGCCGUUCUGUCACUGACCAUGGGUGAGGACGGAGACUCCUGCUUCAGUGGAGGUCUAGACGGAACUGUGAGAUGUUGGAAGAUGCCAGACCUCAACGUGGAUCCUUAUGAUAACUACGAUCCUGGCAUCGAGAGCAGUGUACUAGCAGGCCAUGAGGACAGUGUGUGGGGUCUAACUUACUCGGCAGUACACCAUCGUCUUGCCUCAUGCUCAGCCGAUGGCACCAUUCGCAUCUGGGACCCUCAGAACUCGGCCCCCUGCUUGUCUGUCUUCAACAAGGAGAGAGAGCAUGGAACACCCACCUCAGUGGCCUUCGUGGCUGCUGACCCCAACCAGGUGGUGGUGUCAUUUGACGGCGGUGAGACGCUGCUCUACGACCUAAACACAGAGCAGAGCACCACUGCGCUGGAGACGCAGACAAAGGAUGGCAGUGAACUGAUCAACAGAGUGGUCAGUCACCCAUCUGAGCCCAUCUCCAUCACUGCACAUGAGAACCGCACCAUCCGCUUUCUAGACAACAAGACAGGUAAGGUUGUCCACUCUAUGGUGGCUCACCUGGAUGCGGUCACCUGUCUCACUACAGACCCUAAAGGCACUUACCUCAUCUCUGGCAGCCACGACUGCUCUGUGCGCCUGUGGAUGCUGGACAACAGGACGUGUGUGCAGGAGAUCACGGCCCAUAGGAAGAAGCACGACGAGGCCAUUCAUGACGUGGCGUUCCACCCUUCGCAGCCCUUCAUUGCCAGUGCUGGCGCAGAUGCACUUGCCAAGAUCUUUGUCUGACAGCACUGCCGUCGUUCUGGUGAGAAUCCUACAAAAAAUAACUGGGCCAAAAGAGACUGAAGACUACAGUGGACAAAUUUCACCUGCUUACACACGCACGCACGCACGCGCACACACACACACACACACACACACACACACUUGUUCUGCACCCCACUGGCUGGGUCAUCGCCACAGGACCCCACCUCCCAUCAAUCCCUCCCUGUUCUCCGAUGCCUCAGUGACUUCUUGUAAUACUAACCACACUGCUUUUUUAUAACUUUAAAAAUCCUGGCUGCUCCGUUUUCAAAUAAUCAUGUUUGGAGUAACACUUUUCUACACUACAAUAUUCUGUUCUGCUUUUUUGUCAGUCUACCAACUGUUAACACCGUGUUUGUGCACUUGAACUGCUGACACACUACUCACAGAACCACCAAGGAAGCGCUCACUCUGCACAGCAGUUAACAAUUGCUUGUGGCUAACAUACGUAUGUAGGCACGACUAACAACAGUAACCUUUCCCAGCAUCUGCAGAAAACACCUGACCAACCUCUUCAUCGGGAAUCAGUGUUUUACAUUCCAAAGACUCCGGGUAGAGUGUGUGCGAUGUUGCAUAUGGGGUUGGUGAAUGUUAAACUUAGCAGUGUGUGAUGUGAGGAGGCAUCAGACAGUCGCUAACCAGUGCUGAACAAAUAGCUUUAAGUUCAACUGUAUGGCCAAGACACCAAGUCUCAUUGUACGUCUGAGUAUUAUAGAGUCCCCAUGAUUCUGCCUCUACUUAUGUGUGUGUACAUGUGAGAUUUGAAGUCACUCUGCCGUACAAGAUAAAGGAACAUGUUUCCGCAGUCAUGAACCAUUUCUGCAGAUGUAUAGAUUGAACUCUACUCUGCAGACUGAUGCUCUCACAUCACAUUAACCAGCUAAAGAUAGACACCAUGAGAGCACAGUUAAGGACUGCAGACUAAAGAGGUGUGAAGCUAGUCUGUCUGCUCUCAACAAAUGACGCAGAUGUGUCAUUUGGUGCUUUUUACUGUACAGAAGAGUGUGCAUGUGUGUUUGUAUAUGCACUAGUUAAAUCACGGUGCUAUGAAAGACCUUGUCAGUCUUGAGUCAGAAUCAGGGACUUGUUUUCUGUGUGUGUGUGUGUGUGUGUGUGUGUGUGUGUGAGUGUGAGAAUGAGAGACUGUUUCUCACUCAUCGGGCUAUAGAUCCACAAAGAGUGAAUCGACAUUUUAAAUGACAUUUCAUCCUUGAAUCAUUUCAUUAACUGUAGUCACAUUUCAGAAUUAAGGUUCACUGUUCAUUUUUCUCAUUAGAGGGAUGUGAAUAAUGUCGGAGUGUACAGAGCUGAUGGUAAUUACAUUACAGCCAGGACCACCUGGACUGCAAAAGGUUUCCUGAGACGGUUCAGAUCGUCUUUUUAAUUUCAUCUUGAAGUCAGUUGCCGGAUUGUUGGCGGCUCUGGCUUGUUAUUUAUUCAGGCUUUCAAAAAAAAUGAGCUUGACAUUACCUUCACUUGUGUGUUAAUGUGAGGUUUCCUCUUCUGGUGUGACGUGCAUCAGUUGCACGGUAGCACGUUACCCAGAAAGCUAAUGAUGUGAAGCUGCUCUCUUUCUGAAGAGGCAUUCUGGGAGAAAUUGCUCCAGGGGAAAGGUCCAUUUUAAAUUCAUACACUUUUGUCAUUUCAGCAAGAAAAAUAGAAAGUAUUGAUUUAAGAUGCGUGGUUGUCAGUUAAUAUUAGACCAGGCACCUAAUCUGUCUUGCCAAUCUGUUAUGGUUCUUCUAUUUUGAACAUAACCCAUAACAAUUGGCUUAGAUGGAAACAUUGUUGUUCCUUUGAGACACCUCACAUUUAUUUAUAUUCCUGUCCUGCAUUUAUACUGGUAACGGCCUGACACACGUUAGAAUGCUUCGGGUAAAAGUUGCCCAGCAACGGCUGACCUGACUUCAAAUUACUUGACGUUUUAUUUUACCUUUAGCUUGAGAGGACUGAUGCAAUCUGGUGUUAAAUCAGUUGGUUACGGGGCACCCUCCAACUCUUCAAGAUUACAGGGUCACACUAGGGGUCAGAGGUCAUAUCUUAGGGUUCAAAGUUGCCUAGAGGUAUACACUCCUUUCCUAAUCACUGUGGACACUAGCAUUAAUAGUGCCGAUAUCUUUUUUCCUGAAUCAGAGUGGUGGACUGUUGUCUGAAAUAGAAAAAGAGAAUAUCAGUGUGCAACUAUAUUAUUGUACUGCUGCUGGGCAUAACGUCCUGUUAUCUCAUUUAACUACUAUUUGCGUCCACUUUGCACUACAUCUAAGAGUGGAUACUUUUGUGUCGAGUGGUUACAGACAGGGUGCAGAAAUAAUGUUUUGCAGGUAUUUCUUAUACAAUCUGGAGUAAGUAAGUGUGGAACCUGCUGCGACUCGGUUAUUUGAGAAUGAGAGCUACUGAUGGCCAGCCGAUUCUUUCGUUUCACUCUGAGCUGCUAUGGCCCCUCUCUGAGAAUAAAGACAAAUCAGUAUGACACAUCAAAAAAGAAAAAGAAAUCAAAACCGAGGUUGUAAAUGAUGACUAGAGAUGCCAUUAUGUGCUGUAAAUGUCCAUCAUUUCCUUGUUUUCUUUCUUGCAUUUCUUUUCUUUGAGUAUGAAUAUGAUUAUUAAGAUGUAAGAAUACUGUAGUAUCAUAAGUGAAUCAUUCUUCCUUGCUAGGCAUAGAACUUGCUUGUGAUUGAUAAUGGCAAUGUAUAACUUGUAAAAAAGCAAAAUGAUUAAAAAACAUGAAAAAUUAAGAAAACAACAAAAAAAAAUCUGUUACCAGUCAGAGGCCAAGGUAAAGGACUCUCAUUUCUUUGUGUUUUUAUUUUUUUAUUAGCAAUUUAUCACUGUGUGAUAUUUUGUACAUCAUAUUAAGCUGUAUUCAAACUACAAGGGAUAGGAGACCUGCUUUUUAUUAAUUUUGUUUUAUUAUAUAUUUUUGAACUGCAUUCUAGCUUGUAUCAAAUGACUUUCUCUUUUUGUUUACGGGUCCCCUGUUGUAUGUCAUUAAGGAAGAAAAAAACAAAAAAUGAAGAUUUUGUACAGUGAAUUGA